GCCAAUAUGAUUAUUGAACUUCUAAAGGAAAUGGGCAUUGGUCAAAAACUUCUAGAGGUAACAACCGAUAACGCUGCGAAUAUGCUUGCAAUGAGGUGCGUCCUAAAAGAAAAAAUGAAUAAUGAAUUUAGUAAUCCAAAUGUACAACAUUUUC